GUCGUGGGUUAAAAAAUAAACUUCGCUUGCCUAUACAAACUCCCAGCUCCCUUUUACAUGCCAGCUGUAAACUGACAUCUGUCAAAGUAACAGUCUUGAAAACAUGCUUAGGCAUCGCACAAUUGGUGGGCAAAAUUAAAAAUAAUGAUUAGCAAGGGAAAAAUUGUGUUUAAAAUUAUCGUUUAUACAGGAUACCAGGAAGCCAUGCUUUGGCAGACCUACGUUGCUCUGCUGACUCUCGCCGUUGACUUGGAACAUACGAUCAUGGGUCAAUACAGAUUGAAGGAGACUGCGGCGGAGCGGCUUCUGUACCACGCGUGGACUAAUUUUAAUAUUAAAUUCAAACAAGUGAAAUACGUCAGACCCGAAGUGGACGAGCCACACGUCGUCGAGGAUGAUGAUGAUGACGAUGUAGAGUAUGAACAUGAACAACAUGUAGACCCUGUAUUAGGGUAAAAUACUUAUCACUAGCUACAUAGUUACAUACCAGUAACUGGCCACUUCACAACUUAAAAAAAUCUAAUAACAGUGCGG